GCCGUUUAUGGCCCACGCUGAUUAUGGUCGCGGUGAGGUCAAGUGCGUCGCCAGGAUACUUAUAUGUUGAUACUGCAAUUACUAGUGGUCUACGUCCGUGUCCUCACACAUGGCUCCCACUCACAGCUCCCCGCCGCCGGCCACUAGAACCAAGCAAGAACGCAUUCGAGAUAAUCAGAGGCGAAGCCGUGCUCGCCGGGCAGAGUACCUGGCUGAGCUUGAGAGACGGCUGAAUGAAUGUCACGCUGUCUGUCGCGAGGCUGAAAUGCAACGUGUGGCCUUCGCCGACCUCCAGGCCGAAAAUGCUCGACUCCGAAGUCUUUUGAAUACAGCUGGAAUCAGCCGAGAUGUUGCAGACCCUCUCAGACGGAAGAACAUUCACAGUCAUGGGGAUUAUAUCGCGGCGGCUUCAAAUCGACAAAUUAAACCAAAAUUUCAACAUACAGAUAGUGGCCAACGAUAUUCGCUGUGCAACCAAUCUAUGCAACAGUAUCACGGUAUUCCUUGUUCUACGGCAUUUUCGCCCUCCUACUGUACUCCCCAGGCGAACAUCAACCCUGAGGCGUUCCAUUCGUACGACGCUCACUACACUUGUCCAUUGACGAGUGCCCAACCAACCCUUGUGGCCACGCCGCCUCAGACGAAUGACCCUUCACCAAUGCCGUCGUACGACUGGCUUUUCGGCUCAGACGCCGGUGGCUCCGGUACAUCCAGUCACAAUGGACUUUCCUGCGAUACCUUUCAUGUUCCGCAGACCGCCACGCUUGUGCCAGACGACUGCAAUACGGUGCCAUGCUCAGGGGCGAAGAGUAUGAUCGAACAGUACGAUUCCACAUCAUUAGAGAUGGAGGAGAUCAAGACACGGCUGGCGACAGCUUUCAGCCCAAACACCGGGAGUCGGCUCAACACUCAAGUGCUAUUUCGAGUACUGAAUGAUAUGAAUGCCAGGCAAGCGCAGGAGGGAUAUCUAACCAGCCAGACAUGA